UGAGCCCUUGUGGGUCUGCGCCAUGGCCACCUGCUGGCAGGGCCUCUGGGCUUAUCGCUCCUACCUCACUGUGUUCUUCCUGCCCAUUUUCCUGCUGCCUCUGCCCAUCGUCAUCCGCACCAAGGAAGCCUACUGUGCUUAUGCCAUCAUCCUCAUGGCGCUCCUCUGGUGCACGGAGGCUCUGCCCCUGGCCGUCACCGCCCUCUUCCCCAUCAUCCUGUUCCCCAUGAUGGGCAUAAUGGAUGCCUCCGAGGUCUGCACUGAGUACUUUACAGACACCAACAUCCUGUUCGUCGGGGGGCUGAUGGUGGCCAUCGCUGUGGAGCACUGGAAUCUCCACAAACGCAUCGCCCUCCACGUGCUCCUCAUCAUUGGGGUGCGGCCUGCCCUGUUGAUCCUGGGCUUCAUGUUGGUCACAGCCUUCCUGUCCAUGUGGAUCAGCAACACGGCCACCACAGCCAUGAUGGUGCCCAUCGCACACGCCGUCCUGGAGCAGCUGUACAAGGUGCCCAUGGACAAGGACGCUAAGGGUGGCAGUGACAACCCCGCCCUCGAACUCCAGGAACCAACUUCCCAGAAGGAAGUGACCAAGCUUGGUAACGGGCAAGCCCACCCGGGCCCACCUGCUCCUUCAGAGCCGAGGGCACCGCAGAACCAGGAGCAGCUCCGCUUUAACCAGGGCAUGAGCCUGUGUGUGUGCUACUCUGCCAGCAUCGGGGGCAUCGCCACGCUGACGGGCACCACACCCAACCUGGUGCUGCAAGGCCAGGUCAAUUCGCUCUUCCCCAAAAAUGCCAACACGGUGAACUUUGCCUCCUGGUUCGGCUUUGCCUUCCCCGCCAUGGUCAUCUUGCUGCUCCUUGCCUGGCUGUGGCUGCAGAUCCUCUUCCUGGGGUUCAACUUCCGGAAGAACUUCGCCAUCGGGGGAAAGGCACAGGAGCAAGAGCGGGCAGCCGUCCAGAUCAUCCAAACCCAACACAGGCUGCUGGGUCCCAUGAGCUUUGCAGAGAAGGCUGUCACCGUCCUUUUCAUCAUCUUGGUACUGCUCUGGUUCACCCGGGAGCCAGGCUUUUUCCCUGGAUGGGGCAACCUGGCUUUUUCUGAUGCUGAUGGAAAUAGCAUGGUGUCUGAUGGGACAGUGGCCAUUUUCAUCAGCAUAAUUAUGUUCAUCCUGCCCUCCAAGAUCCCAGGGCUGACUCAGGAUCCAGAAAAACCAGGGAGGCUGAAGGCCCCUCCUGCUCUCCUUAACUGGAAGACGGUGAAUGAGAAGAUGCCCUGGAAUAUUGUGCUGCUGCUUGGUGGAGGCUUUGCCCUCGCCAAGGGCAGUGAGCGAUCAGGCCUGUCAGAGUGGCUGGGUGACAAGCUGACCCCACUGCAGAACGUGCCGUCUCCUGCCAUUGCCUUCAUCCUCUCCCUCCUAGUUGCCGCCUUCACCGAGUGCACCAGCAACGUGGCCACUACCACCCUCUUCCUGCCCAUUCUGGCCUCCAUGGCUCAGGCUAUCUGCCUCCACCCUCUCUAUAUCAUGCUCCCCUGCACUCUGGCCGCCUCCCUGGCCUUCAUGCUGCCUGUGGCCACCCCGCCCAACGCCAUCGUUUUCUCUUUCGGAGGCCUCAAAGUGUCUGACAUGGCCCGGGCGGGAUUCCUGCUCAACAUACUCGGGGUGCUGGUCAUCACACUCGCCAUCAACAGCUGGAGCUUCCCUGUCUUCAACCUGUACACCUUCCCCUCCUGGGCCCUCUCCAACUCCACAGCCAACUGCACGGUCAGCCAGGCAAACACGACACUUAGCCCCUAGAUCAGGGUAUAAUCCGGGCAAGACCAGGAAGACCCACCCACUCCUCCUCCGAGCUGGGGAGGACGCCCAGGCUCCAAGCCAAACAAUGAGAGAAAGGCACAUGUAUACAUAACCUCAUGUGUGUCUGUAAGGAAGGGGUGCACACUCCAUCGUGUGUGUGUGUGCG